UCAAAUUUCGCGAAAUAUAAUGUAAACUUUACGGAGCCUCCGCGAACGAAAAGAUGGGGAGAAAAGCGAACAAAGGCUGCCUUAUUCAACCGAAUUUAGUCUCUUCUGCAUAGCUGGGUAGAGUAAAAGAAAGAAAUCAAUGAAUUCAAGAGAUGGAAAUGUCUGGUCGGCGCAAGCAGAAAUCUCCACGAAGAUUAUCAGAAGACCUUGAAGACCUUGGAGAUCUGCCUCAAGAACAAUCUGGAGAACAAAUGAAUCAAGCAGAUAAUUUAAUUACAGAAAUCAAAUCUUCCUUGUGCCACCUAUGCAAUUAUGAGUUUUCUGGGCCCGGCCAGCUGGCCAUCCAUCUCAGAUACGUCCACCAGCAGAUAGCCCAAAUUUCACCCAAGGUCAAGAAGGCGUCAGAAGGUCAAAGUUCAAAUGAGAAAGUAGCAGAAGAGGGCAGCAGAGAUGAGUCAGAAUGUGAGGCCAGAUCUAGUCCGGCUCUGCAAGACAAUGCAGUAUUUGUUGAUGGGCAAGCAGCGAGAAGGAGAAUGUAUGUGCAAUCUAGCAUGCCAGAUGAUCGCUAUAUCUAUUGUGAGGAAUGCAAGGAGCGUUAUGAAGGGGAGUGUCCUCUGCACCCCUUCACCAUCAUCGAAGACAAACCGGUCCCUGGGGAGUGCGAAAACAGGGCCAGAUUGACCCUCCCUGAUUUCCUCUCCAUCCGUCAGUCGGGUGUGGAGGGGUGCGGGGAAGGGGUGUGGGCCGAGAAACACAUCCCCAAAGGGGUGCGCUUCGGUCCCUAUGCAGGGGAGAUUGUGAGCAAUGAUGCUGGCUACUGGAGUGGAUUUGCCUGGGAGAUCUGUGUCCAGGGCAAGGUGAUCCACUGCAUCGACGGGAAGAAUGAGAGGAAGGGCAACUGGCUCCGCUUCGUCAACUGCGCGCGCAACUUGUCCGAGCAGAACCUGGUCGCCUUCCAGCACCUUGGGGAGAUCUACUACCACACCUGCAAAGCCAUCGAGCCUGCCACGGAACUCUUGGUCUACUACGGGGAGGAAUUCGCCAAGAAGCUGGACGUUGUCUCCGAGCUGGCCAGCCUUAUGUAUGACUCAAAAUCUGGAACAUACAAGUGUGAGUUCUGCGGUCGACUGUUCACCAUUGCCAUCUACCUUGCCCGACAUCUCCGUUACUCCCACAACAAAGUCAUGAAAGGAUCUUCCACCAGUCAUCAUGUGGUCAAGAGCAUCGACAGACAGACCCUUGCUGCCAUGGUGGCCGAAGCUGAAGCCAUGACACGGUUUUCCAACAACGAGGCUUUCACAGGUCAAAGGUCAGACUUCGGCAGUCAUGGUUCCGAGGCUAGAGAUGAGGAUUCAGAGUUAAGAGGUCAGGGUUCAGAGGUUACAGGUGAGAGUUCAUAUGAGAACGGAGGAGAGAAUCCCGUAGAGCAAGCACAGAUGAGUGAGAGCUCCCCAGGUUAUGAGAAUGGAGGUCAAGGGUCGGAGUAUUAUGAUACAGUAGGUCAGAGGUCAGAUGAAGAGAGUGAGAGGAUGGGUGGUUAUGUCAUGAGCAAUGGCGAGCCAAUGAUGGAUCUAAAUUUGCAAAGGUACGAGGAGUAUGAACGUAGUAACGGGGACAACGUUUGGGCCGAGAUUGAGGGACCUAACAAGGGUGGUUUAGAAGAUGCAGCAGGAGGUGGGAAAUCGUAUGUAUGCGGCGUGUGUGGACAGCAGUUUGCUCUUGAACUGGUCUACAAUGCUCACAUGAUCACGCAUAGUGUUGUAGAUGGACAGAAGUGUGAGUUGUGUGGCGAUCUGUUCCCAACAAAGGAAGAUCUUGAAGGGCAUGCCUGUAUGCAGGGCUCAAGGGUGGCAGAAAACGGAAACAACCAAAUUAACGUGGAUGUCAACAAGCCAUUCCUCUGCAAUGUUUGCGGCAAACGUUUCAGCCAUAAAGAGUACUUGCGCACGCAUAUACGCAUCCACACAGGAGAGAAACCCUACAGCUGUCGCUUCUGCGAUAAGUCCUUCACGCAAGGGAGUGCACGCAACACCCAUGAAAGGACCCACACCAGGAUCAAACCUUUCAUGUGUGAUGUGCCGACUUGUGGGAUGAGGUUCAGAGACGGCAGUCAUCUCCGAACCCACAAGCGCAUCCACAGUGACUCCAAGCCAUUCCAGUGCAGGUUCUGUGGCAAAUGCUUCCUCUUUGCAAGUCAGUUGAUGCAACACGAGCUUACUCAUAGCUCUCUGAAACCCUACAUCUGUGGUGUUUGUGGACGAGGUUUUAAUCAGAAGGCAUACUUGCGUGUGCAUGAACGUUUGCAUACUGGUGAAAAGCCUUAUCCAUGUAGAGUUUGCGGGAAACGCUUCAACCAGAUGACAUCCCGUAAUGUCCAUGAACAGAAGCAUGGCAACUGGGGUAUGUAUGACUGCAAGAAGUGCAGUCUAAGCUUCAAACGAAGCAGAGACUUGCUUCGGCAUGAGUGCAGUGGCAUGCAUGGGGGAAAUGGCCUCCCAGCUAUGCUUAUGCAGCAGCCAAUCCAUCCUGCCCCGAUGCAGCAGCGGCAAGUAUUCCCUUGUAGACAAUGUCCUGAGGUUUUUGCGUCUUCCUCAGAACUGCAACAACAUCAGCAGUCCCAUGUGCUGCGCCCGUUCUCAUGUGACAUAUGCAGCAAACGUUUCACGCACAGGAGCUACCUGGAGAUCCAUGUCCGGAUCCACACCGGGGAGAAACCCUACUCUUGUAAGUACUGCGGGAAGACCUUCAGUCAAACCAGUUCUAGGAACGCGCAUGAGAGGAUCCAUGAAAGGAUUAAAGCAGCGAAAGAAGCUGAACAGAAUUGCAAGCAAGCGCAAGAAGCCUUAGAGAACGAAGCUGCAGAGAUAGCACAUGGAGAGAAGGAAGGCGAGAAGGCUCCAGAAACGAAUAGCGAAAAUUCCACUGUGCCAAAUCUUCCAGUGCGUCAAGCUAUCCAAAGCUGUCGAUAUUGCAAUAAAACCUUCACUGAUGCUGCCUUGCUGGUCAGCCAUGAGCAGACGCACAUGCGGCCAAGGGAUCAUAUCUGCGGUUUUUGCGGGAAGGCUUUCAGCAAAGGCCGAUAUCUGCAAAUUCAUGAACGCACGCACACGGGCGAAAAACCAUACCAAUGUCGGUACUGUUCCAAGCGUUUCACCCAAGGGAGCUCUCGUAAUGUUCACGAGAGAAUACAUGUAAGAAAUGGGGACUACAAACUGAGCCCCCUGUCCCCUGUAGAUCAAAUGCCAACGCCUAGUUCAAACGUUCCAUAUGAUACCAUUCCAAAUUACAAUGCGCAGAAUCUAUUAAUGGACCAGUCCAACUCUGCCUUGCGUCCACUGUACAACUGUAGGUUCUGCAGCAUGCGCUUUGACGACACUGCUGCACUUGCGCACCACGAGAAAGUGCAUGGUAUACGACCCUUCAUCUGCAACAUAUGUGGAAGGACUUUCACACAGAGUCGCUACUUGCAGAUCCAUGUGCGCACGCAUAUCGGUGAGCAGCCUUACCCUUGCCGCUUCUGCAGCAAGCGCUUCUCCCAGUGUAGUGCCAGGAACAUGCAUGAACGGAUCCAUACGGAGUUCCGACCCCACCAAUGCCCCGUGUGCGGCAAGUCGUUCAUUGUGAACAGCGCCCUGCAGAAGCACCUUCAGAAACAUCAGUUCGUGGGCAAUCCUUCCCUGCCCGGGAGUGAGAAAGCUCCACCACCGCAAAACAUGCUAUUACUCUGAUGAGGGUUGAACCCUUUCACAUAUGUAUUCACUGCCUUUGGAUGUUUGUAGUUCUUGUGUUUGCUCUGUGUCAGAAGGUGAAGACUGGAUUUACAUGCCAUGUAAAUAAUGGUUCCAUAUGGACACCAAGAAGAAGCAAGGAUCCAUACAAGAGAGUUUGCAGAAUGCCUCUUUACUUCACAAUCGAACAGAGCCCCAGUAGAUUGACAAUGGAAACAAACCCUUUGUUUCAUCGAAAAGAAAACAAAUUCUGUCAAAUAUCUCUGGCAGAUCAAUAUUUUGAUGCAGAUGAUGUCCCUUGAUAAUAAUAUAAUAAUAGUUAGCUUUUAUACAAAUGUCUCUAAGCGCUUUACAAAUAUAUUAUUACCCCGGUAAUAAACAUAACUGAUUCAAUGAACCCUUUUGGGCUCUAGGAAGGCACUUGAUCCCUUUAGGCCUGCAGGACUUGUUACAAUUAUAAUUUCUUAACACAUCGAUACUCAAGAAAUACAGAAGAGAGACAAUUGAUCAGUCAAUAUGUCAAGUUGUCACUCUGAACCAUACGCUAUGCACACAAUAACACUGUCACAUUUACAUAUGAAAUAACCCAUUAAACACUUAAAGUCCAAGAGAAUUAGGGAGGCUGGAGUCAAUGAAAAAUCAAAUCAUAUCCUAAGGGUUAUUGGGGAUUGGUUGAAGGGUUCAAGAACUUUAAAUAAGUACAGGACUUUGCUGAAAAUAUGUAGAGGUUGAUAGCUCGCAUCUUGCCUGGUAUGUUACCAUUUUUAAAAAUAAUUCAUAUUUUGUUCUGAAAAGUUGAACAACCCAGGGGAUGGGUGAUAUUAGGACCACUGUGUGUUGUUUUAAUGAGAAAGUGAGAGAGAGAGAGAGAGAGAGAGAGAGAGAGAGACAGACAGACAGAGGGACAGAGGUGGAGAUGGAGGACAGGGGUAUGGAGAGAUGAUUAGAGAAGUGAGAGAGAGAAAAAGAAAGGAACAGAGAAAGAAAGAAAGAGGUCGUUCGUUCGUUCGUGCAAAGAAUAUCAGGGAGUAAAAGAAAGAGUUGAUAAGUGAAGACAAGAUAAGGAGAUAGAUGGGAUGAAGAACGUCAAUAAAGAAAGAGCAGCAGAGAGAGAGAGAGAGAGAGAGAAAGUGGGGUAGAGAAAGAGAGAGUGGGAGAGAGAGAGAGAGAGAGAGAGAGGGAGAAGGGGAUAUCAGUUCUUUGAGAGAAGGGAAGUUUACAGUAUAAAUUUCAAUGGUCCUCUGUUCAUACGAACAAACCCUGACCCUACACUGUAGUGCCAUCGUAAUUACGUGCCAUAGUUCAUAAUUCUUCAACUCCAACAAAAGUCUGCCCAUGAACGGACAGCUUGAACAGAUAACGAACGAUUUGAUGGGAGGUUUCUGUAGCGCAACUCAACCUUGCAAUAACGUUUUAUCAGCAUUAUGAGAGUGUAGAGAAGUAUAGAUGAAUGAUUCCAAUAUAACAUGAUCGAAUCCACCAAAAAGAGAUGAUUUAAUCGCAGCUGUUUUUAUGAUGAUGUAAUUUUUGCCACAAGAAUAAACCAAACUUUGUAAUUCUGAUCAUAUUUAGUCAGACUAAUGUGAUGAUCACUAAACCUUGUAUUUUUGUCUUUUUUAUACAGUUUUUAGAGAUUCUAUAUUAUUGGGAUGAUGUGACUUGUUUUUUGUUUUUAUCAUGGUAGUAAUUCAUAUUUGUCUUGCCUAAAGGUAUGUAUUCAAUUGCUGAAGUAGACUAUAUUUUGUUGGUUUGUGUGUGUCUUACGGUGAAG